AUUAUUAAUGAAGACCUUGAUUCUUUGACUGUAGCUUCAGACACUUCACAAUUACAACAAGAAAUAAGUGGAUAUGAAGAGCUCAGUCGACAGCUGUUCAUAGAGCUGGUUGACCUGCAAAAUACUCGGGAAAGAACAGAAUAUUCUAAGACGUUGAAAGGCCGGUUCUUCAACCUCAUGGGUUAUGUAUUUUCUCUAUACUGUACUUGGAAAAUAACUAUCAGCACAAUAAAUAUAGUCUUUGACCGUGUUGGGAAGAAGGAUCCUGUGACAAAGGGGGUGGAGAUUGCGGUAGAGUGGCUUGGUAUAGAGUUUGAUGUAGCAUUUUGGUCUCAGCAAGUGUCUUUCAUUUUAGUUGGUAUAAUUAUUGUGACUUCAAUACGUGGACUUUUAAUCAAAUUAACUAAGGUAAUUAAAUUCAUAUUUUAUAGUCAAUACAUAAUACCAAGACAAAUUAAUUAAAUAUUAUAAUGAUAGUUGUA